AGUGCACCCGAAUGUCACCUGCUUGCUUAAAACGCUCUUAUAAAAAACCACCACCGCGCAACCAUUUGUGCUCAUUUCCAAGUCGUGUUUGGGUGCCGACUCCAGGGAAAGGCACGGAGCCAGACAGUAUGAUGUCAGCGGGGAUGAAACAACUUCAAAAGGGCAGCCGGACAUACGGACAAAGGCAGCGCCUGGGCGACGUGCUGCAAACACUGUCCAAGAUGACAUGAAGGCGACCUAGGGAAGUCCAGGAAAGGGGGGGGGACACGCAGAUCUGCCUCGCAGGCCAGGAAAGGCCAACCGUCCAAGUCAAAAGCCAACAUCUAAUGGAGGAUGGAUGGGUCCGUGACGUGUCCUUUCCUCGUGGCGCCUGCUGGGCAGAGGUCGGCUACAAGUGUUUGGUAAAUGAGACGCCGGAUUGGAUUUGCAAACUCACGCUCCAUCGUUUUCCAGCCCCCGGCCCCCGCCCCCAAGAAAUGCCUCGGUUACUGGUUUCCCUGUCCGAGCUGACAGCUGGGCUCCGGGUCCUUCCGCUCCGGCCGGGAGGGGAACCAUGUCCGUCAGGCCCAGGAGUUCGUUUCUCGCGCAAAGCCAGGCCGCCCCCUCAGCCUGGCCCUCGGCGGGGACGCGGGAACAAGGCUUCUCCAUCCUUAGCGCUGGCCUCCCAAGAAGCCAGCAAAGAGCAGCAGGACCUGGGCAGAACCGCUUUCCCUUUAGCGGCUCGCCUGGUUCUUGGCGCCAAAACAAGCCGCGGGCCCGCCCCCUGCCGGGUCUAUGCGGCACGUAAGGCACGUCAUCGAAACCCUCCGCGUCGCCAAAGAGUCCCGCCGAGGAUUUCCCCGGAUACACGCUUUCCCACCGCCAAGAGCCUUCGGAGGAUAGCAAACGAGCCUCAGAGGUGCAUCAUCCUUCUGUUCGAAUGGAAAUGCAGGUUCCAUCCUCGAUUUUUCUUCACAGAUCCCUCCGCCAGAAAUUGUUUUCCGCAGUCUCCACUUCCGGGUCCGCCAUUUUGUUGCCUCCAUUUCUCCACGAGGGGGGUUAAAGGCCCCCCAAAUAUGCAAAGGCCAAAAAGUAACCGUCACUGACAGGGAGUCUAAACGAGAGGAGGAGACGGCACCAAACUGGCGGGUCCGGCGAGAGCGCCACCGGCGGCGUCCCGGACGAGGAGUGAUUUUUAGAGAAAGAGGAAGGGAGAGUGAGAGAGAAACAUCGAUGACGUUGAUGUGAGAGCGUGACAUCAAUCAGCUGGCUGCCUCCUGCACAACCCCCACAGGGAUGGAGCCCACAAUCCGGGCAUGUGCCCUUGAACUGGCAACCUCCCAGGACACUGGACGACGCCCAGCCAACUGAACCACACAGGACAGGGCUCUUAGAUUACAUCUUUUAUCUGCUUCCUGAAAACUUCUGUUCCUAUGCAUAAAGAUGUCUUUGGUGGACUUGGGGAAGAGAUUGCUAGAAGCAGCAAGAAAAGGCCAAGAUGAUGAAGUGAGGACAUUGAUGGCAAAUGGUGCCCCGUUCACCACCGACUGGCUUGGAACAUCACCCCUCCACCUUGCAGCCCAGUAUGGUCAUUAUUCCACAGCAGAAGUGCUCCUUCGAGCAGGCGUUAGCAGGGAUGCCCGAACCAAAGUGGACAGGACCCCCUUGCACAUGGCUGCAGCUGAUGGACAUGCACACAUCGUGGAACUGCUCGUUAGGAAUGGUGCAGAUGUGAAUGCCAAGGAUAUGCUGAAGAUGACAGCCUUGCAUUGGGCCACAGAAUACCACCAUCGAGAUGUUGUAGAGCUGCUUAUCAAAUAUGGAGCUGAUGUCCAUGCUUUCAGCAAGUUUGAUAAAUCUGCCUUUGACAUAGCUCUGGAGAAGAACAAUGCUGAGAUCCUGGUCAUCCUCCAGGAAGCAAUGCAGAAUCAGGUGAAUGCUAAUCCCGAAAGAGCCAACCCUGUGACUGUGGCUGCCCCGUUUAUCUUCACGGCAGGAGAAGUUGUCAACCUCGCUAGCCUUGUUUCUUCAGCCAACACCAAGACAACCUCAGGUGACCCCCAUGCCUCCUCAACAGUACACUUCUCAAAUUCUACCACCUCAGUGCUGGCCACCCUUGCAGCUCUUGCUGAGGCAUCAGCUCCCCUCUCCAACUCACACAGAGCCACAGCUAAUUCAGAGGAAAUCAUAGAAGGAAAUUCUGUUGACUCAUCAAUCCAGCAAGUGGUGGGGAGUGGAGGCCAGAGGGUGAUCACCAUAGUGACCGACGGAGUGCCUCUGGGUAAUAUCCAAACUGCAAUUCCUACUGGAGGCAUUGGCCAGCCAUUUAUUGUAACUGUGCAAGAUGGACAGCAAGUUCUAACUGUACCUGCUGGUCAGGUUGCAGAGGAGACUAUAAUUGAAGAAGAAGAGGAAGAAGAAGACGAGAAGUUGCCAUUGACUAAGAAGCCAAAGGUAGAAGAGAUGACAGACAGUGUGGAGGAGAACAAGGAAGGCACGGAAAGAGAGCUACUACAGCAGCAGCUCCAGGAGGCCAAUCGAAGAGCCCAGGAAUACCGACACCAGCUCCUCAAGAAAGAGCAGGAGGCAGAACAGUACCGCCUCAAGCUGGAGGCCAUGGCCCGACAACAGCCCAAUGGAGUUGAUUUCACCAUGGUUGAAGAGGUGGCUGAGGUGGAUGCUGUAGUGGUCACAGAGGGGGAGAUGGAAGAGAGAGAGAUGGAAGUGACUGGGGCAGGAGGGACCACAGAGCCUCAUCAUGGAGUUUCCAUAGAAACUGUUUCAUCUUAACGUACAAGGGCCACAAUUUGUACUACGUCCAUUUUUUUUCUCUUUUUAAAAGAAAAUACAGAGGACAAACCUUGUUUAAAAAUUAAGGAUUUCUUUAAGAAGAAAACUGUAGCAGGGUAUGAUGCUUGGGCUCAGGAAGGCUCUCUAUGCAACUGGAAAAAUCAAAGCCAAAUUUAGGGAACACUUCUUUUGAGAGGCCAAAAAAAUAAGGACCAAAUUUCCCAGCUUACAUCAUUGCUUUAAGCGUAGAGGUAAAAGAAUGCUGCAUGUUGUAGGUUGGUUGGUUGUUGCAAUAACUGACUUUUUAUCAAAAGAUUUUACUUUCUGUCAAAAAUUUUUCUAAGAUAACAUUCCUAAUAUGGACCCACCCAGAUCCUUUAAUAGUUGCACCAUCAAGUGACCUGAAAAUUUGCCUUAGAUAUAUGAUGUACUAUGUCUGUUACAGAAGAAAACUAAUUGGGAGGGAGGUUAGGAGCAAGCUUUGGGGAAGAGAAAGGAAUAUAUUCCACUUCCAAAGGAGCAAGCGAUUCCCACUAUUCAGUUAAUUUCACUGAAAAUAAUCUGUGAUUGCCUGACUAAAUUUGCAUCCAUUGUGUGUCCAUAGCUCAGCUGCCGGUUUAAGAAACAGAAAUAUAAUUUUUUAAAACUGGAAAGAAAAGUCGUUUAUGUGAAAAAGUGUAUAUAAAUCCAAAAUCCUCCAGGCUGUGCUUUCACAAUGCCGGAAAGUGGCCAGAAAGAGGCUCCUUGGGGUUAUGAAACAACCUGGUGUUGAGAUACAAACUUUGCUCCGGCUGGAUUUUACAAAAUUGCAAUCAGGAUGAUAGUCUGUUGUUAGAACAACUUGCUUCCAAACAUUUAUUUAUGUAAUAUCAAGCUUUAAUAGCAAUUCUUUAACUUUAUAAAAUUUUGUUGAGUUUUCUAAAUGUGCCUUUCUGUAGCACUUACAUCCUCUUCUAUGCAAUAAAGGAAGGGGGAGAGAGACGAAUGUUGAAGAUGUUGUGUUGUUUUGUUGCCAUUUGAUUUGGGAUGAGUAGAUUGCCCUGUUUCCUUAAGGUAGGACCUGAUGGAAAGCUUUGUGCCUUAGAGCUGCUCACUCUGCCGUCACAGGGAGUAGGAACUGUCGGUGCCUAGAGCGGGGAACCAAAGAUUCUGGCGAGAUGCUUCAUCGGCCGUACUCCCUUCCCGCCCGAUGCCUGCUCCCUUUGCCGAGACACUUUUAUAAAGUGUUUCAUUGAGUGGAUUCUUUAGUGCCAGCUUGGAGAUUUUUCAAAAGAAAGUAAAUGUAGAUGGAGAGAGAAAGGUGGUGGAGAGGUUACAUUACAGAGGAAUUGGGCCCCCAUCAUUCUUGACUUGCUUGCUUGCUUUGUUGUAAAUGACAAGAAGAAACCUGAGGGAGAUGUGCCAAGUAAACAUUUGAGUGACUGUUUAGAAUAUGGUUUUAUUAGUGAUCAUAGGGAAAACAUACAUUUUUAAUUUGGAAUAGAACUUGACAGUUAAUAUGGUUGGUUCUCUUUACCUUGAUUAAUGAAGUAAUUUGCCACAAUUUUCCAGAGGUGAAAAAUCAUUUGGGGCUCAAAAUAAACUGAAAACAUAACUCCCCAAACCAAAUUUACAAACAGAAUUGGCUAUUAGAGGCUUCCAGGCAAAAAUGUCAGUUUUGAAAUGAAUCUUGAUGACUUGCCACCUUAACUUGGUUUUCCCAAGGGACUUGAGUACCAAGCAUUUCCCAGCUGGCCAGAGAUUACUCUGGGCUGUUGGGAUGAUGGAGAAAUGCAGUGGAGGAGGCUAGGUAAGGGUGAGGAUAAAAUUAUGGUAUCUGCUGUCAAAUUGUCCGUUUCUAUUUGUGAUGUGUGUGUUUUUUCUGUCCUUUUGUGAACCAGGUGCUAACAAUAAGCUGCUAUUGUGUGCCAUUUCAGAGCCUUAGCUUAACUAUAGAUGCAUCAAGUGUCAUUUUAGAUGUGUUUUGUUUUUGUUCUUAAUGUAUAUGUUGACUUUAAUUUCUUUUUUUCUGCCCUGUUAUGGGGUGGAGGUGAACACUGCAGAAGAUAUCCAGGUCCAGCCACCUCAUUCUCUAGGCAGCUUCUGAUUGGCAGUGGGGAGCUGUUUAUCUGUUCUUAUCUUUCUAUAGGAGGCUGUCAUUCCUACACACAAACAAUACUGAAUACAGCCCAAGUCAUUUUUUAUGAUGGGGUCUUUGAGAUUGGGUUGGGAUAGGGAGAGAGAGAAGGGAAAUACCGGGAAAGGGGUGGGUAGCAAAGAGGUAUUUGUUUUUAUUUACUUGGAAUAGAGCUUUUAACAUCCCAGAGAAGGGAAAUAAGAUUUGAUCUCCAGUUGUAUUGCUGUAGAGAGAAUGGUAAGUCAGGAUCCUUGGCAAGGUUGGAUUACAGAGAAUCAAAUAACAGUCAAGUGGUUCAGAGUUGGUACUUGAAUAGAAGGAACCUGGAGCCUAGGAUGAUUGCCUGCUUUAAAAUAAAGCUGCUUUAAUAAUAUCAAUAUUAAUAUAGGACCUUUGCAUUUUGAUCUUAAGCCUACCCCUCAAGUAGAGAAAAAAAUAAAUCGUUGCUGUUCUUGUUCCUGACUUCAGGAAAAUUACUGUGUGUACAUUCUCUUCCUAUCACUACCUCUGUGGGAUCUCUUCAUUGUAAUGCCAGAGUUGAGGUCUUUUAACUGAAAUAUUGGAAAACUUGGCCUUAGGUUUUCUAUGUUUUUAAUUCAGUGCCUUAAAGGAUGGUCUUUCUCUGUCAGAUCUGUGUUCGGUUAUUUUUGGCUUUGCCUUUCCCCUUUCUUCAGCCUUACCCUUGUGUUAUUAAAAUCCGUGUGUCCGCUCAAUAAUGUUAGAAAUAUAUGGCAUACAACAUUUCUUUCUUUCUUUAUACUGAUAAAAAGAAAGAACUCACCAGAGGGCUUUUCCAGUUGAAAUUAGGUAUCGUGUGACCAGGAGUAUAUGUGUGUGUGUGUGUGUGUGUGUGUGUGUGUGUGUGUGUGUGUGUGUGUAUGUAUGUAUACAUAUAUAUUUAAUUGAUUUUUAUAGAGAGAGAGGAAGGAAGAGAGAGAGAAACAUUGGUUGGUCUCCUGCCAGGGCUUUUUUUCCAAUCCUCACCCUAAAAUAUGCUUAGAGAGAAGAAGGAGAGAGAAAGGGGGUGUGUGGGGGGGGGAGAGAGAAAGAGAGAGAGAUUGAUUGCCUGCCUUCUAUAUGCUUCCCCAAUCAGGAAUCAAACCCACAACCCAGGCAUGUGCCCUGACCCAGAACCAAACCAGCAACUUUUUGGUGCACAGAACAACACUCCACCAGCUGAGCUAUGCCAGCAGGGCAUGACCAGGGCAUUUUUAAUGCCCCUUUGCUGGGUGUAUAUUAGUGUGUAUGUUUAUAAAUGUAUAUGUGUUUUCUCACUUUUCUCUUUAUUUGAGGUUCAACUCUCAAGUACCUGGGUAUAACCUGGAAAUAUUUUAUUUCAUUAAAUGCAUGAGAGAGGGUUUCUUUUGUAACCACUAAAGAGCUUGAGGAAGAAAAAUCAUUGUUUGGGCUCUUCUCUGAGAGUUGUGCUCUAACAGGUAGUAAUGAGAAACCCAAGGAGUGAGGCCCCAGGGAGAACCAGGACCUGGCUUUACAGAGAUUUGAUUAGCGUAUGGUGUGAUGACCCCGGGUAAGCUAACAGAUUCAGAGCAGUGUUGAGGUAGAGGUGGGGCUGCCCUUCCACAAAGCAAGCCUCCUCUCCACUCCUCUGGCAGCUGUUUUGACUGGCACUUGUUCCGUCUCUUACACCUCCCUACUGCUUGUGCAGACAUCUCUGUGUGGCCAGAAAAGGAGCUUAAGAAUGGAAUGCAUGUCAAGACCACCCCUAUGCUGUUCUAGGCUCUUAUCUAUGUCCAUUUUAUGUGAUGAAUAUUUUCCCCUUCUGAGCUAGUACUCUUAUUUCCUAUGCCAAUAUAUUGAGCAAGAAGAAUAUGAAUUUGCAGUCAAAUGCUCUACCACUGAGCUAUACCCCCGCGCCAGAAGAAGAAGAAUAUGAAUUUGAAUUAAGUAGCUUUGAGCCUCUGGUGCUGCCUUUUAUUUUCUUUUUUUGAGCCUCUCUAGGAUUAGAGGGUGGGUGACAUUCCUAGCAAUUUGGUUCAUUAAUGGCAGGAAAUUGUGAUUCCCUAUCUCUCUGUCUCCUCCCCUUUCCCGUCUUACUUCUGUUUCUGUGACCCCAUUGUUCUUAUCUCAUUGAGUCUUUCCCAGGAACUAGAACUUAAUUAGUCAUUUCUAAUCUAUGGGCCUUGUCUUUCCUCUUUACACUCCUCUCUAUCCCUACUACAUAUUUUCUGUUUAUUCUGAAGUGGUUUGUUUCUGAGAAUUUAGGUCAUACUCUAUAAUACUGUGCUUCCUAGUUGGUUUCAGGCAUCUUGUUCUAUCAAUAAUGAUAGCAGCUCCCUUCUCUGGCUUUGCCCUGUAUACUGACCUGUCAAGGCCAUUUGUGUUGGGGCAGAGGAUGGGGGUGUGGGAGUAGGGUAUUGGGAGGGAGAGGAGAGGAAGACUGUGGGUAGGGUGCCUAGAUACUUUUUAAAAUGUCCUCCAUUCUUCAGGUUGUCUGACAGCUUUAUGUACAGUGUGUUUUCAGAAAAAAAAAAUACUUCUCUUUUUUAUUUAGAAUUUUAAUAAAAUAGGGUUUGAUUCUGAUGAGCAAGUUUGAAGUUUGUGUAUAUGUAUGUAGGGGUGAGUGAACAUUUGUGUGUAUAUACACCUAUACAGAUCUAUAUUAUAUAUGCAACUUUUGUACUGUCAUUUAAAAUAAAGAUGUUUCUUAAUAAAAUAUCAAAGUCUUAAACCA